CUUCCCACGCUUCAUUUGAUACUGUUGAAUUCUGCAAAAAUCAUGGUAUAAUACUAGUUUCACUACUUCCGAACUCUACGCAUUUCACUCAGCCUCUGGAUGUAAGUUUCUUCUCCCCCAUGAAGAAGGCCUGGGAAGAAGUACUGACGAAAUGGAGAUUUGAGAACCUUGGCGCAAUGAUUAGUCGAGCAGACUUCGCACCACUUUUGGAAAAAGCGUUGGAUCAGAUGCUUCAAAAAGAAACUAGUAUUAUUAAUGGUUUUCGUAAAUGUGGUUUGGUUCCUUUUGAUCCCGAGGCUAUCGACUACGAAUCAUUGCCAAAGCAACAACACCGUGCUUCCCCGAAUCUAACUUCAGUCAAUCAGACCACACAAAUAGUCAAUCUGUCUGACUUACUAAUUGUGGAUAUACCUGAAAAUCAAACAUAUGACAUCAUAGAUGAACUACCAGUCCAGACAUCAUCCAUAGCGCACAACCAUGAGAACAGAAAUGCUUCAUUGUUAUUGGAUGCAGUUAAUCAAAGGUUGCCUGCACAUCAACUUGCAGCUUUCAGACAAAAUCGUAGCAAGCUACUUUGGCCAGGACCUGAAGAGGACACAAGUCUCUUUCUAUUCUGGAGAAACCUGAAAGAUGAAGUUGAAGGUCCUCCGGAAUAUUUAAUAUUAGAUUCCCCUAGCUAUAAUAUCAUUCCGGAAACAUCUCAAGAUUCCGUCUCGAACACUGAGUCGAUUGGCUAUACUACUGAGCGACAGGUCCUCCCUGCGGUAGUACAUGUACCUGACACAUCUGUUAUUCGACCAGCACCGUCGUCUGUUUCUGGCAUUACGUCACGUAUUGAAGAGUAUCCCGAAAAAGAACUAAUGGAUAAGCAAUAAGCAUGCAAACGACCACGUCAUUACCUCCGAUUUCGCUGAAACUCAGAACCCAGUUGUACAUGCUCAUAUGCAUACAACAGUCAUGUC